UGUGUGGACAGUGUCUCCGGGGUCGACUCGUCCCUGAAGCGCGUGGCGGUGGUGGAGGAUUUCUUCGACAUCAUCUACUCCAUGCACGUGGAGGUCGGCAGCGAUCCAGGCAAAGCUCCCAAACACGCCGGCCAGAAGAAAACCUACAAGGCUAUUGCAGAGACGUACGCCUUCCUGCCCAGAGAGGCGGUGACUCACUUCCUGAUGAGCUGCGGCGAGUGUCAGAAGAGGAUGCACAUCAGCACCACAGGACAAGAAUACAAAGAGAACGACAGGCCGAGCUCUCUGGUGUCGGAGGUGAUAGACUACAACAUGCCUCUCACCACCACCUACAUGAAGCAGAUGAAGCUUCAAUACAUGAGCAACAACAAGGUAGAAACCACGGGGGGGAAACAGCCGCUCGGUAAACAUGUGAUGUUCUGUCCAAAGACUAGAACUUCAUCAGACGUGUGUGAGAUCGUUCAGACCUCAGUCCAGAUACUGGCGUGCAGGAGGACGCGUUCUUUACAAAUCCAGUAGAACGGGAAAUAAUGGAAAUGACCUCAAGGACACAAACAUGAGCGAAUCGUCCUGAGCAGCUGCUGUAGCAACACGUGAACCACGCAUACCUCACAUGCACCACGUCAGUCCAACACUGUCAUUCAAAGAACAAGGUCUGGACUCCACUUUAAAGAAAAGUUCCCUCAGCAGCCGAAUCCCUGAGCUCACGCAGCAGAUGAACCAGAUCUGUCUGUUUGAUUAAUAGAUAUUUGAGGUUUGUUCCUUUGUGAUCUCCACAUGACGCAGGACAAUCAGAUGGUUGUCUGUAAUCCAGAGUCUGAUAACGUUUUAUCUUAUUGGUUAAAAACCUUCACGUCCCGAUAGCUUGUGUUCAUGCACUUUGGGGGAGGAGCUUUGGAGGGGGUGAGAUGUAUCGUGUAGCCUGAACUCACUUUUCAAGGAUUACCAACCGUAACUUUAACAAUAACAGUAAUAACUAGAAUUUAUUCAGCUCCUUUCAAGAGACUCGAGGAUGAUUACAUGUGUCAGUGGAGACAAAAGAGAAAAGAAAGUCAUUAGCACAAAAUUAACAGCAUCACCGCAAACACUGGUGGCCGGGUGGAGCUGGAAGUCUAUAAUAUUAUAAUAUUCUG